AUGGUGCGCCCCAAACGCCAAAACACUCAACCUCUCGAAGAUGCCUCCGUGGCCCCCGCGACCUUCACCGACGGCCUGCCACUUCCCAAACUGAUCGCAUUCGACCUGGACUAUACCCUCUGGCCUUUCUGGGUCGACACACAUGUCAGUGCGCCUGUCAAGACCCGCGACAAUAACUCGCGCGUUGUAGAUCGAUGGGGUGAAUCCUUUGCUUUCUAUCCAGCCGUCUCAUCUAUUAUUCACGCCUGCCAGAGUCGAUCUAUUCCCCUGGCACUCGCCUCGCGUACGCAUGCCCCCGAUCUGGCCCGCGAUAUGCUCAAAGCCCUCCAUAUCAUCCCUACCUUCUCAGACAACCCCGCGGCCAACAACGCCAAGUCUAUCCGCGCUCUGGAAUACUUCGACUUUAUCCAGAUCUUCCCUGGCAACAAGACACAGCAUUUCUCGCGCAUUCAUCAAGCGAGCGGGUUUCCAUAUGAAGAUAUGCUGUUUUUCGAUGACGAGGCGCGAAAUCGCAAUGUGGAGACCGAGUUGGGGGUGACGUUUUACCUCGUGCGGGAUGGAAUGACCCGGGACGAGGUCGACAAGGGUGUUUGGGCAUGGAGAAAGCGCAACGGGAUCAAGCAGAGGUCGAUAGUGGAUGAUGCUUGA